AUUCACUCAUACGUCAGCCCAGGUGUGCGUGAAUCGUAUAUAAACAGAAAGCCAACAGGAAGAUCAUCUUUUGUUUUUCUCCAGUAGACCAGAGCCUUUCAAAUCUUGAAGAUGCGAAUCACGAUUGUUGUGGCCCUCUUCGCUGUGGUUGUUGCAGCACCCACCAACGACAAGGAAGACAUUGCCAUAACCUCAUCAACCAACGAAAUCAACGUAGAUGACAAUGAUGUGUAUGAUUUCGACAUGGCCGAUGGAACCGAAGAUUACGACAAUGGGAAAGUGAAGAAAUUCGGUACCAAACCUGAAGAUAUCGGAGUGGCUGCCAAGGGAUCGUAUUCGUACAACUUUCCUGGAACCAUCGUCACCGUCAACUGGAUUACCGACGAGAAAACGAAAGCUGUGCACACCUACAUCCAAGUCAGCUAUCCGGAACAACCACCCACUUGCAGGUCCAUGUCUUGCACCAUUGACGAUUCAUAACUUCGUUGGUAUAAACAUAGAGAUUACAGUUCCUAGUCGAUUGAGCGCAUUUGUGUUUUAACAGC